AUGCAUCGGGCGCGCCCCGCACUCUGGGCCACUGCGCUGACCGCACUGACGCUGCUCCGCGGACCGCCUGUGGCCCGGGCAGGCGCUGGCGCAGUGGGCGCGGGCCCCGUAGUGCGCUGUGAGCCAUGCGAUGCGCGUGCGCUGGCCCAGUGCGCGCCUCCGCCCACAGCGCCCGCGUGCGCCGAGCUGGUGCGCGAGCCAGGCUGUGGCUGCUGCAUGACGUGCGCUCUGCGCGAGGGCCAGCCGUGCGGUGUCUACACUGAGCGCUGUGGCGCCGGCCUCCGCUGCCAGCCGCCGCCCGGAGAGCAGCGCCCGCUGCAGGCGCUGCUGGACGGCCGCGGGUUCUGUGCUAAUGCCAGCGCCGCUGGCCGUCUGCGCGCCUACCUGCUGCCGGCACCAUCCUCUCCAGGUGAGCUGCCAGCGCCAGGAAAUGCUAGUGAAUCUGAGGAGGACCGCAGCACUGGAAGUGUGGAGAGCCAGGCAGUCCCCAGCACACACAGGGUGACCGACUCCAAGUUCCAUCCCCUCCAUACCAAAAUGGAUGUCAUCAAGAAGGGACAUGCCAAGGAUAGCCAGCGCUACAAAGUGGACUACGAGUCACAAAGCACAGACACCCAGAAUUUCUCCUCUGAGUCCAAGCGGGAGACAGAAUAUGGUCCCUGCCGUAGAGAAAUGGAGGACACACUGAAUCACCUGAAGUUCCUCAAUGUGCUCAGUCCCAGGGGCGUGCACAUCCCAAACUGUGACAAGAAGGGAUUUUAUAAGAAAAAGCAGUGCCGUCCUUCCAAAGGCAGAAAGCGGGGCUUCUGCUGGUGUGUGGACAAAUACGGGCAGCCCCUCCCGGGCUAUGACACCAAGGGGAAGGACGAUGUGCAUUGCCUCAGCAUGCAGAGCCAGUAG